UUAUUCCUUACAGCUGCCCUUAAUUGUAAAUUGAAAGGAUAUUCGGUCGCCAUUUUUACUAAAAACAAGCUCCUUACUGGAAUUUUUGCGAAAAUUGUGCCUCCGUAAUGGAGGAAAUUAAAGAGACAAAAAUAAUUUAUCAUAUUGACGAUGAAGACACUCCAUAUUUGAUUAAACUAAAUGUCCCCGCGGAUCGGGUUACAUUAGGGGACUUCAAAAAUGCUCUCAAUCGCCCAAAUUACAAGUUUUUCUUCAAGUCUAUGGAUGAUGAUUUUGGGGUGGUAAAAGAAGAAAUAAUAGAUGAAGAACAAAGGCUGCCCUGUUUCAAUGGAAGAGUUGUUUCAUGGUUGGUUGCUGCAGAGAGCAGCAAUGCCUCGGACACACAAUCCCAGUGUACUGAUUCCCAGGCAGGUGAUAUUCACAUGCCGACAGAGAGGGUUGGUGGUAUAGGAGAUAGUCGACCACCUUCUUUCCAUGCAAAUCCCUCGUUAGGUAGUAGAGAUGACCACUGCGAUACCUGUACUGAAACAGACUCUGUUAUUAGCUCAAGACGAGAUGGUCGACAUAGAAGUUCCCGCCACUCAUCACAUAAACUGUGUAACCACAGUUGUUGUAGGGAAAAUUCUAGUCUUGCCCAUCCAUCACGGUUAAAUGGCCACACAAAACUUGACCUUCGUCAUAGAGACCGUCGAGGUCACGGUCACUCGUACGAGUCGUCAACAAUGCUCAGUAGUGACCUUGAAACAACAAGUUUCUUUGAUUCAGAAGAUGACACAAUGAGCAGGUUCUCAACUGUCACAGACACAACAGCUAGAUCUUCAUCAAAAUAUGGUCGCCAUCGGAAACGACGACGGAAGCAUAGACUGCCACCCAUUAGUCGCGCAUCAUCAUUUUCCAGUAUAACAGACUCUACCAUGUCUCUCAACAUUAUUACAGUCACUUUAAAUAUGGACACAGUGAAUUUUCUUGGAAUCAGUAUUGUAGGUCAAAGUAACAAAGGUGGUGAUGGAGGGAUCUAUGUAGGAUCCAUUAUGAAAGGUGGUGCUGUGGCCCAAGAUGGUAGAGUAGAACCGGGUGAUAUGAUACUUGAAGUUAAUGGUGUUAGUUUUGAAAACAUGAGCAAUGACGAUGCUGUACGGACACUCAGAGAAGCUGUACAAAAACCAGGGCCCAUAACUUUAGUAGUUGCCAAAUGUUGGGACCCAAAUCCAAAAGGUUAUUUUACUGUGCCACGCCAGGAACCAGUACGACCUAUCGAUCCAUCAGCAUGGGUUGCUCAUACAACUGCAUUAAAACAAGAGUACCUGAGUCGCGGUGUCCCUAGUCCCUCGUUAAGUAACAUGACAUCAACAAGCUCGUCAAUAUCCAGUUCUAUACCAGAGUCAGAACGUUUUGAUGAUUUAAAUCUUACCAUCAAUACUGAUAUGGCGACUGUAGUCAAGGCGAUGGCAUCACCUGAUUCUGGGUUAGAGAUUAGAGAUCGCAUGUGGCUCAAAAUUACUAUACCAAAUGCAUUCAUAGGAUCUGACUUAGUGGAAUGGUUGUUUACACAUGUGGAAGGUUUUGCUGAUAGGAGAGAUGCAAGAAAAUAUGCGUGUAAUUUAUUAAAAGCCGGUUUUAUUCGACACACUGUGAAUAAAAUUACUUUUUCUGAACAGUGCUAUUAUGUGUUUGGAGAUCUAAGUGGAGGCGGAAUGGUGUAUCCAGAUUUCUCGACACUUAGUUUGGAAGAUGUUGAUUCUGUGUCAGAAGCGGAUCGGGACACGCUGGCGCCGCUGCCCCCGCCACAAUGGAACAAUCAGUACCCGUAUAGCAGUUCAAAUUAUCUGCCACAAAACCUGAGCUACGUACCACCUUACAGUUAUACUAGUACGGACUCGCAGAGUUUUGUCGGCAGUUUUGUUGAUGGUGCUGAUAGUCGAGUUGGCGGGUUUGCAGGUGGUGGUAGUGUUGCAGGUGGCAACAAUAGUGCCGGGUCUGUGCACAGUGGGUCUGGAGCAUCAAAAAAUGACUGUGCAUGUUUAGUUACAACCUAUAACAAAUUAAGUCGUCUCUGGGAUAACAAAGACAAGCAAGAAUACGAAAAACAACAACAACAACAGCUUCUACAACAACAACAAAUGAAUCAAAACAAACAUUCAGACAGUUCGCAACCUUAUAAUCCUUAUCCUAUGAAUAGUUUUGUUAGUUCGCAUAACUCAUCGGCCAACAAUACUUAUGCUCAGCUUGGAAUGAACUCGUACCCCACCCACCCUCCUAUGCAUGUGAUAAAGGAUACAAGGGAUACAUCGAGCUGCUCUGGUAGCAGCGCAUCGGGUAGUAGUCGAAGAGAAAAAGACAAGAAAAAGUCAUCUAGUCCAGCUGGAAGUGGGGGGAGUGACACAGAAACAGUUGCUAGUUCUCGUAUUGAUCCUAGCGAGGUUGGUGGGCAGCGCCCAGGUUUGGGCGUGCCGCAAGAUGUUAGUGCAAGCAGACAGUCAUUCAGAAUGGCUAUGGGAAACCCAUGUGAGUUCUUUGUGGAUGUCAUGUGAUCUGUAUUGUGGCCCCUUUACAGCCAAUGAGAAACUUCGUACUAUUUGUGAGCAACCAAUGAAAAGCUUUGUUACAAAAACUUACAUGAAAAUGGAGAACUGAAGUGGAAAUUAUGAUUUAGUGAAUUUUUAGUGGGAAAAAGGGAAGGUUUUCAUUGGUUGGAAAUGGAAAAAUUAAACCUUACGCAUGAAUGUUGUACACACGGAAUACUUAACACAGAAUGCAGUAAUACAUGUAUUUAGAACAUAAUUAUAAAGGUGAAGAUAAAUUAUUAAAUCACUAUGUAGUUACAUACAGCUUGCAUAUAUGUGUGAUUGUAGUGGUGCUGUUCAAAAGAAAAAGUGUGUUGUACCACAUUGCAUUCUGUGACUGAAAAUAAGCUAAUAAGAAAGUAGUAUUUAUAAUACAGUACGAAAUAAAUUUUCCGUCUAAUUUGCACUUUAUAAGACUACAUGGCUGAUUAACAUAAUCAUAUUAAAAUCGUAUUUUAAUAUGGUAAAAUGGCAGAAAUAUUUGGCAAGGCUUGUUUUAUGAUGGGGACAUAUACACAUAUUAAAUCACAUGUUUCCUAGUUUUGACAAAUUGAAACAAAAAUUUUGAGCCAUUAAAUUACAAAAUGAAUUUAGAAGCUAAUUUAUUCACUUUAAUCUGAAAUGAAUUUUAUACCUUGUUUUGUUACGGUAUUAUUCAUGUUCUAUUUUCACACCAAGUUUUAACAUAAUUUUUUCUUCCAUUGCACAAUGUUUACUGUCAUUUGAUUCUAUAGACGAAUAUUUCUGUCUGUAUGUCAAGUACUAAAAUGGAAUAGAUUGACAAUUACCUAUUUGGCUUCAACAGGAAACAAAAUUCUAUUUACCCACAAGCCUUUGUACUAACUGCAGUAAAUGCCAAUGAUGUCUUUAACGUUCACUGAGCACCGUUUGAUAGUUAUUGUUUUAUCUCUGGUAAGUUUAAAAUUUGGUCAUUUUUCUCGGCUUGGACCUGUGACAGUAACUGCAAUCAGAGCAAUUUUAAUAAGAUGACUUCUCACUUUUUUGUCCAAUCGCAAGAAUAUUUUAUAGUAAUCGGUUUCUUCUCCAUCUCUCAGUAUAGGAUCCAUAGCAAAUUUUUAACAGUACAUUUAGUGUAUUUGGUUUGUAAACUGAUUGAAUUUAUUUAUUGAUUAAAACUUCUUGAUGUAUGGUAAUUUUGUAAAGCCUUUUAGUACAAAGUGGAUUUUAGGACUAGGAGAACACAUUAUGUUGGAAACAUGUCAGUUUUGAGGGAAUUUUUGUGUAUAGUCGAAUUUAAAAAUGACUUGCCUGGUAUAAGUUACACAUGCAUUAUAAGUUUAUUAUAUCUACAUAAUUUAGGGUAGAUCAUAGCAGUUUCAGUUGUAACAAUAGUUGAUAUGAUUUCAUGCUUUUCAGUGGAUUACUGUUCAAAAUAUAACAAUAGAUUAUCCCUUUAUGAAUCCACUGUUUCAAACAGUGAGAAAGUAAAUAUAACUUUCACUGGUAUGGAAUUAAACUUGUGCGCAAAUUAACCUAAAAUAAAGAUGAAACGGCAUCGGUGAAAUGUUCUGUAGAGACAAAAAUUACAUGUAUACUAUUUCAAAUGUGAAUAUAUAGACCAAACAAUAAAAAAUGUAUGAAAAAUCAAAUGAAUAUCAUACAACUAUUUUACUUUGACAAACAAAAUCGUCAUGACAUGACAUUGUAAAAAACAUGUAAAGUUGCAUGGAUAGAAAAAUUUUGGUUAAAUAUACCGUUGAAAAAGCAUGAAAAAGGAAAAAAAUGUUUUACAUGUAAUAUCAAAUUAUCUUUCACUCGUGAACAUAUUUGAAUUCUACAUUUUCUCUUGUCACUGCACCAUUCAUAAAAAUAUUGCAUGUUGUUUUAACUCUUUGAAAGAUUUUUUUGUCUUACAGUUAAGGAUGGGCACCAAUAUCAGUUAUUCUAUGCAUAGUUAUAUUUAUAUAAUUAUAAUGAUGUGCAUGUAAUCUUCCACCACCAAUGUCAUUUUUGAAUUGUGACUAUAAUAAUUGGAUUAUGUAUGAAUGCAUUGUACUUAUUUGACAAAUACAUAUUUCAAAAACAACAGCAUGUUCUUAAUGUGUUACAAAGCGUGAUGCAUAUAUUUAUUUCAUAAUGCAUGUUGAAUAAUGCAUGAUGUAUCUCACCAUUCUGUCACAUUGUAACUUUAAGUGGGUGCUCUGCUUGAUUUGAGAUAUGACUUGUCUUUGGCAUUUGGCAUGUAAUAUUUAGUAAAAGAUUAGAAUAGCUUUGAUACUUGCCACAGAUUUAGCUGUGGAUCUACCGUCUCACCUGUGCACUAAGACCAUGCUUUGAAGUAGUCUCUCUUUGUAGAUAUUUAUUCAUGAUACGGUAGGUUAAAAUAAAAGACAAAUAUUUAAAGGGGAAUUAAAUUACAUACAAAUGAUUGUAGUUGAAGUGUUGGUGACAUUGAAAGUUUUUGAAUUUUUGGAAUUUUAAAACGUUCAUGAAAAAUACGUGCCAGGAUUUAUUUCCAGGUUCCCCGAAACAUGUCAUUAUGGUCAAGUAAAGAUAAACAAACUGCUGUAGCACUUUGUUUUGUUUUCAGUGAUCCCUGAAUAUUUUCACAGGGUAAAUGUCCAGAACUGGCAGUUUAAAAACUUUUUCGGGGGUAAACAUAUCCACAUGUACCAUAUAUAGAGAUCAGAGGUCUUAGGGCAGGUGUGACUGUAUUAAGAGUCAACAAAUGAAUAAAAAGUAACAAUUGGUGGUGGGGCGGAGUGACGGGGAGGGAGUUGGGAAAAUCGUCUGUAGUAUCUCAAGUCUCGAGUACCCAUACAUUGUAUGUGCCAUAUGCUACAGAUUUUCUUUGAAAACUUAUUGUAGGCUUUGAUAAAAACAAGUUUUCUUUAUGAUAAGAUAUUUUAUUCAAGUGAAAAAGACUUCACAUGUCACAGGAGAAUGAAAUGUUAUUUGAUAUUUAAUACACUUUGUGUUAAGUUUUAUAUAAAUCUGUUCACAUUAAAAGAAUCCAUGUUUAAUUGACAGGUGAUUCAGUAAUGGAUUUGUGACCUUGAAAUUGUGGUCAUAGCAACAGUAGUACCUUGUGACCUUGACCCUAAGUUCAUUGCCAUGGUGACCGAGAGGAGAGGUUCAGCUUGAGAAACAAAACAAAAAUACUAACAUUCAUAGUGUUGGGGAAAAAUACAAAUGUGCAAUUUAGACAUUAUGGACAAGUUUUCAGAUUUUAUCAUAAAAGGAGAAUGUGUCAACCCCAUGUUUUAUAGGUUCAUUUUAUUUAACCAUGAUAUAUCAUUUUUACUUCUAAGUGAAUGCCUUUUUAAUGUGUGUAUGAAUAUUUAUUUAUUUUGCAAUUUUUAUGUAGCAGUUUAUAAGAAGUUUUUCAACAAUGGUAUAAAAGAAGCCAAUUUUCUAGUGCCCACCUCUUCUGUUAGAACAAAUUGUGAACAAAAUGAAACCAGAAAAACACAAGAAGAAAAAACUUUGGAAAAAAAUAACAUUUGUCAUUUGAAGCUAUUUUAAAUACCAUCUUAGAUAAAUGAAAAUCAUGUAAAGUAGUAAAACUAGAGAUUUUGGCUGUGCUAUU